AUGUCACCGCCGAAGAACGGGCUGUCGCGCCCGGCGUCGCAGUUGGAAAGCGUCGGCAAGGCCGCAGGGUUUCGUCGCCUCUUGCGUCAGGAAGAUGUUGCGUUGUUGAACGACGCUUUGACCGUUCGGGAAGGCGAGUGGGUUAAAGUGUCGGAUAUUGUUGCGCUCGAAGCUGGGCGGGCGGCCGAAAGCCCACCGAACAGUGAGAGCGCGGCAAGCCAGCAGGGCAACGGAAACGGUUCCGUGAAAAUGGCCGAUAAGGGGAACGGAUUAGGGAAUAACGAGGCAUUUGACUAUGGAAAUGGAAGUGGCGCAGCAGGACUGGCAACGGUGAGGAGUGGGAACCCAGAAGGAACGGGAGGAGCGGAAGAGAAGGGUAGGGCGGGUGGCGGAACUGGUGGAGCGGCUAGUGGCGGCGAUACGAUGGGGGCUGAGAAGAAAGAGGAGGAGGAGAGUGGUGAUGACUACGUGGACGAUGGUGAGGGCGACUGGGCAGCUCAGCCCGGGAUGCGGGUGCAGCAGACGACGAACGGCGAGGAAAUUGUGGAUAUGUUCGAACAUACCGCCACAGACGCGGAAAUGAAGGAGCUUGCUCAGAACUCCGGGCAUGCGAGUGCUGCGCAAGGGGGGGUGCAGAACGGAGAGCAAAGCGGAACUUCGCGAGCCCCGGCGUCAGUGCUGCCUCCGCCUUUCGCAAGCGCUAACACGCCCACUGCGGACGUGGCAAGAAGAAAGGACUCGACAGGCGCGGGGCAACGAAAAGGGGAGCAAACGACAGGGCAAGUGCCGAAACAGCAGAUAGCGCAGCAUGGGAAGCCGGUGGUGCCGCAGGGGGGAUAUAUAGACGUACAGAAGCGACAAGCGGCGGGGGAAGGAGGACAGCUGACGGAUUCGCGGAAACGAGCAGACAAUCAGCAGAGCCCUUCCAAGGACUCCCGAGGACAUGGGGGGGGAGAGGUUGCGAGCGGAAGAGAAGAUGGAAUGACAAAAGCUGGCAGAGCAAGUGGAGGAGUGGGCGGGAAUAACGAUGCUGGGGGAGAUCACCCAGACGGUGGCGAUGUGGGGAAUGACAUGGGCAGCGACGGCUCGGACACGACUGGUGACGAUAGUGGUACGACAGGCGCGGAUGAAGUGAUAUCGCUGGGCGGGGACGUGGAAGGCGGGGACGGGGACGAGAGGGACUACGGCACGGACGCCGAGACCAUGUCCCAGGCGAGCACGGCCGGGACUGGGAUGGACGUGGGGAACGGCAACGGACAAGGGUACGACAGCGACAGCGUAAUCGCCGCCGCGAACGACGGCGGAUUAGACGUCGGCAUGAUGUUUCUUAGUAGUAAUAGCAUGGUGGGGAAGCCGGUGGUGGGAGCGGGCGCUGGAGGCAGGGCGAGGAAGCCUCCGGUAGGAGGAACUGGGAAGACGGGGUAUGAGGGCGAACGGAAGGCGGCCAACCACAGGACGCGAACUAAGCCGCGGUUCAAAGCGGUGGACUGCCAGUACAGAGAAAAAGGCGCGUUCAGCAAGCUGCAUCGGUGCGCUGUAGGCUACGCUGGUCACGCCGGUGUGACAGGUAAGCCGCGCUUGGCAGGGGUGACAGUAGUCAACUCAGGCGGGCCUAU